GGGCUGCGGUGGCGGCUGUCGCGGAACCAGGCAGAAGCCCGCAGGUGCCCGGCUCCGGGGCCGCCGGGACCCGGGCAGGGCGGGCCCCGGGCUCCUCCAUGCUACCAGCCCCGGGGCUGCGGAGGUGGCCGGGAGGUGCCCGCGAUGGCGGCAGAAGAGGAGGCUGCGGCGGGAGGUGAGAUUGCAGGCGGUCGGCGGUGGCUCCAGGUAAAGUUCUGCUGGAGGAAAACCAGGGCAUUGCUCCUGUGGUUUCCAGUCAUGUGAGCCCAGGGGUGAAACCAGCAGUGGUUGGGCCCUUCAGCUCACACGUGAUGGAAUUUCCAAGAAAACGCAAAGGAAGUGAUUCGGACCCCUCCCAAGAAGCUCAUAGCCAAACCGAAAAGCGGAGAAGAGAUAAAAUGAACAACUUGAUUGAAGAACUGUCUGCCAUGAUCCCUCAGUGCAAUCCUGUGGCCCGUAAACUGGACAAACUCACAGUUUUAAGAAUGGCUGUCCAGCACCUGAAGUCUGUAAAAGGCAUGACAAAUUCUUAUUUAGGAGAUCACUAUAGACCUUCAUUUAUUCAGGAUAAUGAACUCAGGCACCUAAUCCUUAAGACUGCAGAAGGCUUCCUGUUUGUGGUUGGAUGUGAAAGAGGAAAAAUUCUCUUCGUUUCUAAGUCAGUCUCCAAAGUACUUAAUUAUGAUCAGGCUAGUUUGACGGGACGAAGCUUAUUUGACUUCUUACAUCCAAAAGAUGUUGCCAAAGUAAAGGAACAACUUUCUUCUUCUGAUACUUCACUAAGAGAGAAGCUAAUAGAUGCCAAAACUGGUUUGCCUGUUCACAGUAAUUGCCACGCUGGAAGGACACGUGUGUAUUCUGGCUCCAGACGAUCUUUCUUCUGCCGAAUAAAGAGCUGUAAAAUCUCUGUCAAAGAAGAACACGGAUGUUUACCCAACUUAAAGAAGAAAGAUCAUAGAAAAUUCUGUACCAUCCACUGCACUGGUUACCUGAGAAGCUGGCCUCCAGAUAUGGUUGGAAUGGAAGAGGAGAGGGACAACAAGAAAGACAACAGUCAUUUUACCUGCCUCGUUGCCAUUGGAAGAUUGCAUCCGUAUAUUGUCCCACAGAACAGUGGAGAAAUUAAAGUGAAACCAACUGAAUUCAUAACACGGUUUGCAAUGAAUGGAAAAUUUGUGUACGUAGACCAAAGGGCAACAGCCAUUUUAGGAUAUUUGCCUCAGGAACUUUUGGGAACUUCUUGUUAUGAAUAUUUCCAUCAAGAUGACCAUAGUAACCUGACUGACAAGCACAAAGCAGUUCUACAGAGUAAGGAGAAAAUAUUUACAGACUCAUACAAAUUCAGAGUAAAAGAUGGCUCCUUUGUAACUUUAAAAAGCCAGUGGUUUAGUUUCACUAAUCCUUGGACCAGAGAACUAGAAUAUAUUGUGUCUGUCAACACACUAGUUUUGGGGCAUAGUGAGACCAGAGGAGCAUCAUUAUUUCACUGCAGCUCUCAAUCAUCAGAAGAAUCCCCUAAGCAAUCUUGCAUCCAUGUGCCUGGAAUGUCUACUGGAACUGUACUUGGUGCUGGCAGUAUCGGAACAGACAUUGCAAACGAAGUUCUGAAUUUACAAAGGUUACAGUCUUCGUCCUUUGAUGAUUCAAGUCCAACAGAGCCAAUGAGAGAUAACCACACUGUCACCUGCAGGAAUGUGACAGCGCACAGCUGGAUUUCGAUGCCCUGUGUGACAAUGAGGACACAGCCAUGGCUGCUUUCAUGAAUUACUUAGAAGCAGAGGGGGGCCUAGGAGACCCUGGGGACUUCAGUGACAUCCAAUGGACACUCUAGCAUUUGACUUCUGUCUC